AUGCAAUCAAUGGUGAAUGUGGUGUUUUCAGAGGUAUCCAACACAGAAUUAAGUUUGGAGGAAUCAUUUUUGGUGCAUGCUGGAAUAGCACACACCAGAUGGGCAACCCACGGAGAACCAGCUCCAAGGAAUAGUCAUCCUCAGAGCUCUGGCCCUGGAAAUGAAUUCUUAGUUGUUCACAAUGGAGUUGUCACCAAUUAUGAGAACUAA